UUUACUUGAAAGACAACGUGCAUUAGCGGCUUUGAAAUGUUCUAAAUUAUUCAGACGUGAUGUAGUCAUUCCUUUAGUUAAUGAACUAAACUUAGAUUUUAGUUAUUAUGGUAUUCAAUAUAAUUCAUCACAAUGUGGAACUCAUAAACGAUUUGAUCCUGCAAAAUCAUUAACAUUUAUUCCAUUACAAAGAAAUUUUACGCUAGAUUAUGGCACUGGUACUGUUAUUAGCGGUUAUGUAGGUCAAGAUACAGUUAUUCUUGGUCUUUCUCGUCAAAUUGGACAAGUUGCUACCGAUAAGAGUUUCAUGAAUCUCGGAGGCAUCGAUGUAAAUGCUUAUAUUGGAAAUAUUGUUGACGGUAUUUCAAUCGGAGGAGUUAAUUCAUCUGCUUUGAACGAUACUG